UUUUGAAAUUGUAGGUUAAGAAAUGUAAAAUGACUUCUUAUGUAAAAUUACAUGAUAAUUCUGAGGAAGACUUACCAAGAAAUGUAUCAUUUAAGACUGUGUACAAAUGGAAAACAGAUUUUAAUGCUGAUUCUGUAGAAUGGUGCCCUUGCGAAAAUUUCCAAAAUAUUUUUGUUUGUGGAAAUUAUCAACUUUUAUCAAAACCUGAAGGAUCUGAUAAAAAACGUAUAGGACGUAUACUUUUAUUUUCUAUCAACGAAGAUACUGGUUUGAAAUUAGAACAGGAAUAUGAAACUGCAGCUGUGCUUGAUCAGAAAUGGUGUCAUCAUAAGAUUGAUGAUGACAUAUUAUUGGGAGUUGUUAAUGCAAAAGCCAAAUUGAAAAUAUUCAAAUUGGAAAAAGAUAAUAAAGAUGGCCUAAAGUUGAGAAAAAUUGAUUCAUUUAAAUUUGCAUUUGAAGAUGAUGAACUCUUGAUUUUAUCUUUAGACUGGUCGAGUAACAAAUAUUACUCAAAUGAACCUGAGAUUGUAUGUAGCGAUUCAAAGGGCAGUGUACAUAUUUUGAGAUGGGUAGAAAAUCAUCUAACUCUAAAAACUUCUGUGGUUAAAUUUCAUGAGUUUGAGACUUGGAUAGCGGGUUUUUAUUAUUGGGACAGUAAUGUAUACUUCUCAGGUGGAGAUGAUUGUAUAUUUUAUAAAUAUGACCAAAGGGUUGGCACAGAAGCCAUUGCAAAAAAUAGAUCACAUGAAGCAGGAGUGACAUCCUUACAUUCAAAUAUUAGUAAAGAAUAUACUAUAGCUAGCGGAAGUUAUGAUGAAAAUGUGAGAAUAUGGGAUCUGAGAAAUUUCAAAUGUCCUAGAGCCGAAAUCAAGAUUCCAGGACCUGUUUGGCGAGUUAAAUGGGACCCUUUCACACAAAAUCAUCUUUUGGUAGCAGGAAUGUUAGGUGGAGCACAUGUCAUUUCUGAAAACUCAUCGACUAUAAUAGAUAGCUUUUACGAACAUGAGAAUCUUGUGUAUGGUGUAGACUGGUGUUUUAUGAAUGAAAAAUCAGUUGAAAAGUAUCCUAAUGAAGGAAAUGUUAUGGUAGCCAGUUGUUCGUUUUAUGACAACUUAUUGUGCGUAGCCAAGUUAAACUGUGGCAUUUGAUUAACGGCAAUAUACACAUGUUAUGUUCCAAAGUAUUCUUGAAGACAGAAAAGGUUAGUAUUAUAUUUGAAAAAACUGUAUGAGUAAUUGAAGAGCCUUCUUGUAUGGAUGUGAAAUAAAUCUUUGAGAAAUCUUGAAAUGCCAAAAAUUGAGAGGGAAUAAUUAAGCAAAUAUUUCCAAUAGCUUAAUCUAGUUGCAGUGAAGUCAAACUAGUUAGAAGAAUCUAUUUAGACUUUAAUUUGCUACUUGUAAGUACCACUGUAAAGUGAGCACACAUUGUUCCUACAUACCAUUUGCCAACUAAACUGAUUCGAAAGCUUACAAACGACUUCCUCAUUCAAAACUAUUGAUAUCGUGUAUUCAUUAGGGCAAAUAUCAAUUCUAUUCAUUAAUGAGCUGUGAUAUAAUAGAGGUGUCUUAUGUUUGAACUUAUUCAGUUAGGUAUGUCUUAUUGUAACAUUCCUUCAAUAGUUUGAUGUCGUUAUGGCUUCGAAGUUUAUAAUUUGUAAUACCGAUUCAGUUUAUGUGAAAAUAAUAAAUCGUUGAGAAAAAUG